AUGGACGUGGUCGAGCACAACCUGGCGCUGCGCGAGCUCUGGAAGCGCAAGGGCGAGUAUGGGCUGCAUUUUGUUCUCGACGAAAUUCACACUCUGCGGCAACUCGGGCUCGUUUCGGACGACGAAUACAUGCGUCUCAUGCGCCAGACGCCCGCCACUACGCCGACGAAAUCGUUGCCCGAUGAGCUACAAGCGGCGCUCGACGACCGCAUCUCGGCCCUCUUGGACGCGCAAACGUACUUUCCGCUCGACCAGAUCCAGGCGGUGCUCGAAAGCGAGUUCCAGAUCUCACUUUUGAGCCACAAGGAGUGGCUCCAGCACACGAUCUUUCGCCAGAGCAAGGUCAAGCUCCAGAAAAUCAACCACGCGGCCGCCCUCGCCCGUGCCUCCGCCGGCGCGUCCGUGCUCCAAGCUGCGUACCGGCGCCACCGCGUGUCAUUUCUACACAAUGCGCGCGCCCGUCGAACCGCAGCGCUGGAGGCCGCGAACAACGUUGCGCGUCGGGCCAUCGACAACUACGCGCUCGACGUCAUCGGCCGCUUCCUCCUGCGGCGCAUGUGGCGACAGCGCUUUCGCAAAGCCUUGCGAAUCGUUCGCAGUCUGCUACGCCGGCGCUACGUGCAGCGCGAGCGAGCGCUCCAGAUCGUGCGGCGAUUUUGCUGCCGCGUUCUGGCGCUCCGGCGAGCCGAGGCCGCGCGAAGAAAGCUCUCGUCCGGGCUCGUGCCCAUGCGGCCGCGCACCAAGAAGCCCCACACGCUGCCCGCCGUGACGCGCAGUGCAGUGGUCGCACCGGCGCUUCCGCCCGUGAAGCUCAUCAAGCGCUACGACAGGAUCUGCUCGACGUGCGCGAGCCCGCACCACACCCAGUGCCGGCGACCGUCGCUUUCGUCGCCGAUGAAGUCGUGGAUCGCCGUGCCGACACUGUACCCGACCAAACCCUCUCGACCCAAGCAGAGCAACCAAGAGGCGAGCGCCGAGCGUCCCCAGCCGACCAAACCGUCGACUGUGCACCUGCCAGCGCUCCGAAGCGGCGUCCCGCGGCCCAUGAAGCGUGCUGUUUCGCAGUUGUAG